AUGUCCGGCAGCAGCAGAGGUUCUUCGGAAAUGAAUAGAAAUAGCAUCGACAGGAGAUCCAGUCUGGAAAAUGGGGGUCGAGUUAACGGUUUGGAUAAAACAGCUGCAUCCCAAAGGUCGGAUUCCCGCAGCAAGCUGCAUAGCAGAUCUGACAGCUCCACCAUGGAGGAGCUGAGGCAGCAGCUAGAGAAAAUGCGUGUCGAGAAAGAGGAAUCAGAAGCUAACUACAGAACCUUGCUGGAGAGAUUGAGUGAGAUGAAGUCUAAGAUUGGACUGAAGAUCCAGCAAGACGCCGAGGAGCUCGAACGGAGAGAAACGGCCAUCAAUACUUUAACGGCUCAAAAUGAUGACCUACAAAAUGCUAUUGCCUCUUUACAUAGCGAGCUCUCGUCUACGAACGCCGAAUCGGAACGUGUUACGAAGGAGCUGGAUACUUUGCGAAAUACAUUGCAGCAGCACCAACAGUCCUCUACCAUGGCACACUCAACCCAAAUAUCUGCUCUGACUUCGGAAGCCCAUACACUCAGAGAUCAACUCAAGGAAAGCCAAGAACUUCUCGAGAGGGCAAGACUAGAGAAGGAAGAGUGGGAGCGAAUAUUGAUGGAUGAACGAGUGUCCAGCGAAGCAUUGAGGACUGAAAAUAGGACACUUAAAAGAGACUCUGAGAAUGAGAGGAUGAAGCGGGAAAAGUUUCACCAGGAGCUAGAGCAAGAGAGACAACGAGCCGACAAUCUAGAAGCUGUUCUAGCAGAAUUCGAGGCAG